AUGAAUAAGUACUACAACGAGCGGGUCGCGAACCGCAAGGCCCAAAUCGCGAAAACCAUUCACGAAGUAUGCAGGAUAGUACAGGAUGUCCUCAAAGAAGUGGAGCUGCAGGAGCCGAGGUUCAUAUCCUCGCUUACGGAUUACAAUGGUCGAUUCGACGGCCUCGAAGUUGUUUCGCCACAUGAAUUCGAAAUUAUCAUAUAUUUAAAUCAAAUGGGAGUUUUGAAUUUCGUCGACGACGGAUCUUUACCUGGUUGCGCCGUUUUGAAGCUGAGCGACGGAAGGAAACGUUCAAUGUCCCUGUGGGUAGAGUUCAUUACUGCCUCAGGUUAUCUAUCUGCGAGAAAAAUUAGAUCUCGAUUCCAGACAUUAGUAGCUCAGGCUUGUGAUAAAUGCUCCUACAGAGAUUGUGUGAAAAUGAUAGCGGAAACUACGGAAGUGAAGUUGCGUAUACGUGAGAGAUAUAUUGUGCAGAUAACACCAGCUUUCAAAUGCGCCGGUUUGUGGCCCAGGUCGGCGGCACACUGGCCCCUACCGACUAUACCGUGGCCGCAUCCUAACAUUGUGGCCGAAGUAAAAACAGAAGGAUUUGAUCUUCUUUCGAAAGAAUGCUUAACGUUGCAGGGCAAAAACUCUGCCAUGGAAGGUGAUGCGUGGGUCCUCAGUUUUUUUGAGGCCGAAAACCGUCUCCUUCAAGGCGGAUGUCGGCGGAAAUGUUUGAGCAUAUUAAAAACUAUUAGAGAUCGACACUUAGACUUGCCCGGCAAUCCGGUCACGUGUUAUCACAUGAAAACGCUUUUAUUGUACGAAUGCGAGAAACAUCCCAGGGAGCACGAAUGGGAUGAAGCCGCCAUUGGAGACAGGAUAAAUGGGAUCUUUCUUCAAUUGAUAUCUUCCCUUCAGUGCCGGCGAUGCCCGCACUACUUCCUUCCUCAUGUUGACUUAUUCAAAGGAAAAUCACCGACUGCAAUGGAGAAUGCCGCAAAGCAGGUGUGGCGGCUGACGAGAGAAAUGCUCACAAAUUCGAGGGCCUUCGAAAAGCUU